AUGUCGACGGCCCACGUGAACAGGACCUCAUCUUACCAAUACCAGCCAUCUGGUAACUCCUACAAGAUCCGCCCCGCAGCCGCCAUCCUUAACAUCAAAAUCUCCCUAAAAGAAUACGACCUCCUGAAAGGCGAAAGCAGAACACCCCACUUCCUCUCCAACAUCAGCGCGAAUGGCAGCGUCCCAAUCCUCCAAAUCGGCUCCGACACAUUCCUCCCAGAAAGCGGAGCAGCACUCUAUUACCUCGCCACUGGCAGCGCCCUAAUCCCGACCGACCGACUUCACCACGCUGAAAUGCUGCGCUGGAUUUUUUUCGAGCAGUAUCAAAUCGAGCCGAAUUUGGGGUCCUUGCGUUUCUGGUCUAGAGUCAUGGGUCUGGAGAAUGUGGACGAGGCGAAGAAGAGUCAGGUAGAAUCGAAGCGACAGGCAGGGGAGACAGCACUGGGGAUUAUGGAGCAGCAUCUUGCUAGUCGACCGUAUUUCGUUGGGGAGAAGUUCAGUCUUGCGGAUGUGGCGUUGUAUGCUUAUACGCAUGUGUGUGGUCAAGCCGGGUUUGAUCUGAGUCAAUGGCCUAGUGUCAAGGCAUGGUGUGAGCGUGUAGCGCAACAGCCGGGGUAUGUUCUCAUUCAUGAUGAGGUCUGGGCCUGA